UCUUUCCCCUGGCGGCCCUCUCUCUCCUCUUUUCUCUCCUUUUUCUUUUCUUCCUCUCUUCUUUGUAUGGCAGCCAAUGGUCGUGCGCUCGCUUCAGGCUUCGGGAAGCGAUUCGUCAACCAGAUCUGGGCCGCACGAGAUCCCGCGGAGCGCGUCGCCGCCGUCGCCUCCCUGCCAUCGCUUUCUUACAGCGAGAGGAGAGUGCACGUAUCGUCGUCGUACGAUAAGAACGUGGAGGAGCUGGAGGAGGCGCGCGUGCCGGACCAUGUGAUCGACGCCAAGUCCGACAAGUACUGGGGACCCCACCCCACCACCGGCGUCUUCGGCCCCGCCGACGAGAGCGGCGCCUCCGUUAACGGCGGCGGAAAGGCAGCGACUGCCCCUGUAAGCGGCCCGUCCGCCCUGGACCAAACCGUGUGGUUUCGUCCCCUAGAGGACGUCGACAAGCCGCCCAACGCCUGAACACGGCCGGCACACCGCGCCAGCCGCCGCCGCGGGAAUAAAUAGCAGCAAUAGUUAGCAUUAUUAUUGUUGCUGCCACCAGCGAGUAAUAAGCAGCAGUAUGUGUGUCUAUGGAUUGCAUGUACGGGAAUCCAUUUGCCGCUUCUCAGUUUGGCUUUCGAUUUCAUCGGUAUGGCGUCCUAUUGGAGAGAGGAUAGCGAUGUCAAUGGCUUUAGAGUGCUGCAUUAAUUUCCCGUAUUGCUUCCGAGUCUUUUGUUG